UCUCCCCUCCCUCGUGUCACAAUAUGGUAGUCGUAGCAAGCGGUAAGAUUCAUGUUACAGCGCGCUUAAAAUUAACUUGGAUAGAACCGCGCUAAAACGAAAAAACUGCCCUCGGUGUUUGGGUGAACCUAUAAUUCAGUCUAGAUGGAAUACAACAGCUGAAUCCCAAGCACAUUCCCAAGAUACAGCGACAUUUAAAGGUGUGGACCCUCGUGGGAGGAUGACCUGAUACCCGCUUUAGCUGGUUUCUUGUCAGGGUCGUUGAAUACCGCCAAGUGUUCUCGUUAUCCUCUGACCAUCAUGGGAUCGCUGUUCCAAGAUCGUCUUGAUGACAAUGACUCAACCAAGACAAGUAAAAAACCCAAGCCAAAACUACACAGAGGCCUUUCGCGCCUCGUGUACAUCAGCGAGGAAACUCUGUCUUUACUAAACAUUUCGGCGUUCCUGGUAUUUGGUCUCCUAACUUUUGUUAACAUGGAGAUUCUGUUCACCGCCGCGGAAGAUAUCCUAAGCGGGUUCAACAUCCCGACGGCGUCUCUGAUUAUCUGCUUCAAUGUCCCGCUUGUCGUGGCCAAGAUAGUUCUCCCGUGGUGCUUCCAGCGCUUUCCAUAUGUGGUCCACGUGACUUGGCUUACGGGCUUUAUGAUAUUAGGCACCUUGUUCAUCGUGUUUGUUGACAGCAUGGUCGCUAAGAUGGUGGGCCUUGGUCUGAACGCCAUGGCGACAGGUGGGAGUGAGUUAGUGUUUCUAGCACUCACGGCCUACUACCCCAAGGUCUGCGUCAGCGCGUUCGUUUGCGGGACGGGAAUCGCUGCUUUGGUGGCUCCUCUCUACUACGCGGCUGCUACCACGUGGGGUUGCCUCGCCCCGCGCGCCGCCAUCAUGCUUACCAUCCCGUGGCCAAUCUUCUUCCUCAUCUUCUAUCUCGCGCUCGAUAAGGAGCCCAUCCGAGACACGCCUAUCAGGGCCACGCCCCUCCACAGGUCCGGCUCCACGCGCGGUUCUAUGGGUGGCUCCACGCGCGGUACCAUGCGUGGCUCCACGCGCAGCAAGGUAUCCUACAAGACUCUGCUCACCAAAGAGACAGAGAGCGACAGCGAGACCGACGAGCCAAACAACAACACGACAAGGCUUAGCUGCUCCAACAAGCUCUCGGUAGCAGUCCAACUUGUCCCUCUACUCAUCCCCCUCUUUAUCAGUUUUUUCACCGAGUACCUUGCCGUAACCUCGGUUGUGACCACCAUUGCACUUCCGAACUCUCGACUACGACCGCGGGACCACUACCUGUACUACUCGUUGUUCUAUAGAAUCGGCAAGUUCAUGGGCCGCUCGUACUUGUUCCUGCUGUCCUGUUUGCCGCGAUUCGUGGACUGCAUGCGGGAUACGUGUCAAUACACGUGGAUUUUCGCAUUGUGUAAUAUAUUCCAGUUGCUGUUCCUGCUAUUUGACAGUUGGUACCAUUUUGUGCCCCAUGUGGAGAUCAUUAUUACGGUGUGCUUAGGCAUAGGGCUGUUUUCGGGCCUCAUCGUGCUGCACUCCCCGCAUUUGGUCCCUCAGCUGGUGCAGCCAAACGAGUCGGAAUUUGCGUUGAGUUUAUUGUCGCUCGGGAAUGGAAUUGGAGGACUAGCCGCAGCGAUAGUUGGACUUUUUGUGGAGCCCUACCUCUCAGCUAAGUGUCAGCAGAAGUUUGAUCCCAAAUACUGUUUCACCAGGUUUCAUAAUACGACGGGGUGGGAUAAUAAUCUACGCUGCCUGCCUGCUUCGUGAAUAACAUUUGCAUACAAAAGACAUGUAAUACAGAAGAGAUGGGCGUAAUGCAAAAAAAAAUGUGAGAUAAUGAUUGGGGAGAAAGGUAUAAGAAAUUAAGUGCCAUUUUGUAAAGUAUCAAGUUUUUGCGACAUCGUUACAUGACCUGCGAUGACAAUUCACUAUGCGUUUGGCUAAAAAAAUUUAUAAUCAUCAAGCAUAUAUAUUGUCUACCUGUGUAGUUUUAUGAUUUAUAUGACUCCCAAUCUUAGUAAUUGAAAUUGUUUUUUUUUUAUAUUUGGUUUAUAACAUCUGUUCGGUAUUGUGUCGUGAUGACCUUAAAAUCUGUAGUUUCUAUUAUAAGAAUGUAAUGAUAGCAAAUGUAGAACAAAUGAUAUAAAAUCACCAUGUUUAUAAAAAAUGAAAAGAUCAUGUUACUGUGACGGAAUAGAGAAGUCGGAAGUCGGUGAAUGACUGUUUUACUGUGAUUAUCAAUAUUUUUAAAAUCGUCAAUAAUAUCCAACUA